AUGUCGUUUCUGUUUGACCCUUCUUCAUUCCCGUUUAUGCCCAAGCCCAAACCUAUCCUACAAGAGGACAUGGACAAGCUUACCAAUCAAAUUAAAGAGCUUGAGUUAGAGAACACUCAGUUACGAGUCCAACUCAACCGUGCCAAGGAACGUAACCACGUCUUGGAAGACAAAGGUAAGCAACUCUGUGAAAAGUUCGAGGAUAGCAAGAAGAGACUUCGAGUAGUCGAGGGCCAAAGAGUUUGGGUUGGUGGAUCUCUACAAAGAGAUAAUUCUGAGCUAGACUUUCGCAACGACAAGUUGGAUCAAGCGUACCGAGUCAUCAAGGAUCGUGAAAAGACUAUUGAGAGGUCUAACGCUAUGAAGAAAGAAGCGAGGGAGGAUUAUGAAGCCCAGAUCCUCGAGCUUAGGACCACGCUUAAGGAGUGUAAGGACCUAUUAUCCAAGGAACAGUUAGAAAGGGAGAAGAUCCACCGAAGCUUCUUGCGCGAGCAGUUCAACCUUAGACGAGCUUGCGAGCAAAUCAAAAAUCUGAGGAUGGGAAUCUAUGAUCAAGCAUACAUAGAUUUAUAA